AAAUCUCUGCCAGCAGCGGGCAGGGGGCCCCUGCGAGCUGAAGUGGGGCUGCCGCGGGUGGGCGGGUAGAAGGGCAGCCGCCGCCGGCCGGGAGCGAUCGUGCCGCCCGGCCCCAGCGGUCCCGCAGCAGCGCCGAGGGGCUCCCGGAGCCGAGCCGAGUCGAGCCAGGUAGCGGAAGGGUUGGGGGCUUGCACCAAGAGCUGCGGGAGUGAGCAGGCGGUCCGCUGAAUGGCUAGAGGAGCCACCUGAGGAGUUCCAGGGCUUUGUCACAGCAGAAGCUCCUCCAGCCGAGCGGCAGGGGAAGAUUGCCAGGGGAUUAUUGAAAGGCCCACGCAGCGGGGAAGGCCGGCUUGCGCAGAGCAUGAGGGAGGCUGCAGCUGAACGCCAGCUGGGGGUUCCUGAGAGCAUGUGGAAGGGCUGAGCAGGAGCUGCGCCCAAGGCCCGGGGGCGGGGGGGGGCCGCCGAGAGACCCCCUCCGAGCUGCAGCUGUUCCCGGGCCCCGCUCCAGAUGUGGAGCUCCUCAAGAGCUCAGCUGUCUCCCAGGCAACCGGAGCCGGCGAGGCCCCCUCAGCUGCGAGGAGACGCUGAUGGAAAGCAGCAGCCAGCCAGGUGCGGGCGAGGCGCGGCGGGAACCUGGCUCUAGCCCCCUGUGCAGAGUCCCCCUGAGAUGCGCUUUUCUUCCCCCUCCUGGACAGAGUCGUGCAGCAGGUGACCGGCCGACAAGGGGCUAGACCCUGGGUCUGCGCGCACCAAGACUUGCUCCCUUCAUCCCCGGGCCAGCGGCAUUGCAGGAGAUGAGGAGUACGGCUCCCCUUUGGGGCCCUAGGCAGAGGGGAGCUGUUUGCCCACGAGAGACCAGGGCUCCUGUUGCUUGUUAAUCCAGGGCUUGGGGAUUGGCAGCCGGACUUGCAGCCGCUCCCUCGCUCCCCGCCUUGGCUUGGAUCGGAGCAUCUGGGACCCAGCUGGGCUCUGUGGCGUCCAGAGAGCGUGACUGCACCUGCGGUGACUAAAGAGCCCCUGGGGAGCCGGACGCAUCGCUGUGCCAAUCUCCAGUGUAUUUCCCCCCUGCCCUGUGCAUCCCCCCAGCCUGCCCUAUGCCCUUCUGCCGCUGCCGCAGAGAGGGUGGGCAGCGUACUGUCGGCACAGGCCGGCUGGCACGUCAGCAGCCAGCCCGGUGGACCCGGUGACCCCGCCCCGGCAGGGUGGUCCUUUCCUCUCCCCCCUCCACCAUGAAGUGCUCCCUGCGGUUCUGGUUCCUUUCGACCGCCUUCCUGCUAGUGUUCGUCAUGUCGCUCCUCUUCACGUACUCGCACCCCAGCAUGGCCUACCUGGACCCCGACAGCCCGGGCGGCUUCCACCGGGUCAAGCUGGUGCCCGGCUACGCCGGCAUGCAGCGUCUCCGCCAGGGCGGGCGCCUCGGGGAGGGGUGCGCCUGCCGCAGGUGCACGGAGGACGCAGGGGCCUUGGCGUGGUUCACCAGCCACUACGACAGCAACAUCUCCCCGGUGUGGACCAAGGAGAACAUGGACCUUCUGCCGGAUGUCCAGAGGUGGUGGAUGAUGCUGCAGCCCCAGUUCAAGUCCCACAACACUAAUGAAGUCCUGGGCAAGCUCUUCCAGAUCGUGCCGGGCGAGAAUCCCUACGGCUCCCGCGACCCCAGGAAGUGCCGGCGCUGCGCUGUGGUGGGCAACUCGGGCAACCUGCGCGGCUCUGGCUACGGGCGAGAGAUCGACGGGCACAACUUCAUCAUGAGAAUGAACCAGGCCCCCACGGUGGGGUUUGAAGCCGACGUCGGGGGCAGGACCACCCAUCACUUCAUGUACCCAGAGAGUGCCAAGAACCUGCCUGCCAACGUCAGCUUUGUGCUGGUGCCCUUCAAAGCCCUGGACCUGCUGUGGAUCACGAGUGCCCUGUCGACCGGGCAGAUCAGAUUCACGUAUGCGCCUGUGAAGCCCUUCCUUCGCGUGGACAAGGAGAAGGUGCAGAUCUACAACCCAGCCUUCUUCAAAUACAUUCACGACAGGUGGACCGAGCACCACGGGCGAUACCCCUCCACGGGGAUGCUAGUGCUGUUCUUCGCGCUUCAUGUUUGCGAUGAGGUGAAUGUCUUUGGAUUCGGGGCAGACAGCCGGGGCAACUGGCACCAUUACUGGGAGAACAAUCGCUAUGCAGGGGAGUUCCGGAAGACCGGGGUGCAUGAUGCGGACUUUGAGGCGCACAUAAUUGACAUGCUGGCGAAAACCAGCAAGAUCCAAGUUUACCGCGGCAACUGACGCUCUGGGCUCUGUCCUCUAGCUUUCAUUUCAGAAUCAGGUUUCAAGAGACGGAUCGCUGUCGCUGGCCUUGCUGUGACAGAUCCCCGACCAAUCACAAUGAGCUACAGGGUUCGGUCUGUGACCCCACCUGACCAGUGGCCAAGUGGGGGUACUUGGUUCUGCCGGCCAAUCAUGUUUAGAGAGAAAAGGAAACUUCUUUUUGUUUAAAAGUUUCGGAUGAAAAGGAUUUACAAGGAAAACCGGCCCCUGGUUAUGUUGGAGGCUUCCAGCCCGGUUCGCCUCAUGGUCAAACCAAAUGCUGCUCUUUUUUUAAAACCAAUCAUAACUUCAGAACAAAGCCCAACCAAUCGUGGCCACAGGCCGAAGGCAAAGCUGCAUGUUUCGACCAAUCUCCCAGUGGAAUGACACUAGCCUGUGAGCUUCAGCCCUGGCUGACCCUAUGGAGUGGGGUGGUCUUUACACGAGCCGCCCCAUUCUGAGCCCAGCCGGAAGAAGCUUGGAAACACCCGGGUGAACGUCUCCUUUUUUAACGUUCUUGGAGCCUGGCAAUCGCUCUCCCAGAGGAGGCUCCAGUGUCUCUUUAUUUUGUACAAUCUGGUUCAAAAUGCUGACCAGACAAUCAGUUCCUUUCGGGUGUGGGCACAAUCGGUGACUGGGAACGUUCCAGCUUGGCAGAGGGAGGGGAUGGGGGAGUAGAGGAAGAGGUGUGGGGUGGUUCUUGGCUUUUUGACAGCCAGCUGGGUCCAACCCAUUAGGAAUGGAGCCUGCCAAGAAGAGUUCUUGCUGAGCAGAGGAUUUUAAAGCCAUUGGAAACAUCAAGAGGGAGAAGCAGCAUCUGGGUGCUUCUGAUGUAGGGUCUUGGCAGACUGGAAGCUUCUGAGACUGACCAGUGGUUAACGCUGGUUGGGAGCUAGUCUCAAUAAGUGGGAGGAACGGAGAGGAGGGGGAACCUCCAUUUAAAGCCUGGUGUCUGCCCUUUUACUCCCGUGAGAAGGGGCUGUGUCUUGCUCUAGGACUGACUGAUAGGACCGAAUGAAGAGAAGCCAUGCCAAAGGCAGCUAAGAAGUCUGCAGAACCUGUGGCUUAGACCCCUUCCCCAUCUCCAUCCCAAUCCCACCUGGGUUUGGAGAGGGAAGGGGGAAUUCUCUAGUCUAGUCUAGAACCACAAUCUACCUCCCCACCCCAGUCCCUCCCCCGCAAAUGUUGCCUCCAUUAUCUCUUCCACCAGAGCGUGUUCUUGCAACAAGCUGUCCUUGUAAGAGUCUUGGCUUCUUGCAAAGGCAAGUUCUGAUGACUGGGAAGUGGUGGCCCGCGGCUGGGUAAGGUCCUGCUUUUCCAGGUUCAUUGUAAAUUUCCCCGCUCAUCCUCACCUCGGAAUUGAGCUGCGGUAGCAACUAGCCAUUUAGCUGGAAGUUGCCAGGCUUUGGUGAAGGGAUUGUCCUAGCCGUUAGACAGCUGAUCUCACUGCUGAUGUUAUGGGCAGAGCCUCUCCUCUCUCUAGUGGGCUGCUUCUCAGCAUUCCAGAUGCUAAUUUUCCCCUGCAAAGAGACAGCUGGGGCAGCUAGUGAGAGUUGGCCUGUGGGCAUCAAAGGAAGACUUGAAAGGAGAGAGGUGGGGAGCAGGGAGGAUGGAUUUGUAGAGAACUUGCCAGGAAGGUACCCGCUGAAAGCUCUCUGAAUCAAGGUAGGGGACCGUCCUUGAUGGAGAUCCCAACCGUGUUUGGCCUGGGGGUGCUUCUGCACACUAGAUAAAGGAAAAAAAUGGAUUUCCUUUCUGCUACUAGAUGAAAGAGCAAAUUGUAGAACACUUAGAACUUGGGUGAAUUAAGUGUGUUUAAAAAUGAAAAACUAAAUCUAGACAGCCCAAAUCCUGAAGCGCUUGCCCAGUUUUUAAUCAUGAAGGACCUCUAGGAUUUGACUCCUCCAUGGACUAAUUGCCUUUGGGCAGGAGGCUGAGUUAAGGGUAACGGGAAAGGCUUCUCUGAAAUCUUAUAACCACUGGAAGGAGUAUCUCAUUUCCGCUGACUUUCACAGACUCCCUUUUGCAAGCUGAGACCUCUCUGCCACCCUUAACUCUUCUCACCCAAUAGGGAUGUCCUGCCCUUCCUGUGCAUUCAUUUUAGCUUGGCUUGGACCAUGCCACUGGAUUGGAACCCAACCUAAGCCAGUCCCUGCUUUGCACUGGGAACUAUCAUCUCCUCUGCCUUCGUGGGGUUUACACAGUCAAGUGCGAGCUCCUGGCCUAGUGGUAGGAUGCAAAGAGAGAGUGAAAUAACCUCAUCCAACUACAGAGGUUUGUUUGGUGGGAUUGGUCCAAACUGGGGUGUGUUCCAUUAGGGGGCAAAGCCUGCAGCUAUGAAAUGCUCUCAGAGGUAUUAGUGAAAUCGAAGGAGAACAGCUUCUUAUUUCUUGCUUGGUGGGGUUUUCAGGUAGGUAUUUGAUGGACUAAAUAAAAUGCAAUCAUGCCAAACAGUAUUGAAUAGAAUAAUUUCUUCCGGUUUGUAUCCUCGUUGGAUUGUGUGGUAUUGGGAGACACAGGGCCCAGAGCGGCCAGGUCUCCUUUUUGCAAUAGUUAUUUAAAGAAAUUAGGAUGGGGAAAAGGGGUUCUUUUUGUAUCUGUGAUUUUUCUGUAUGGCAAUCUCUCCCGUUUUGAGGUUUCUUCUGCAGUUGUGAAAUGAAUGUCCUGGGGCCUAUUACAGCAGCCAGACAGAUGGCUCUUGUUUUCAGUCUACAGGGCUCUAAAGAAGUGAGGUGGAUGAAGGUCUGAGGCUGUUUUUUUAAACGAAAGGUUCUGCUUGUGAUGUCAUGCGAUCACAUGACCUGCUUGCCAAGCAGUCAUUUUGGAUAAUCCAGGCCAAAAGCAGUAACUCCAUAGUAGUGACCCUCUGAGGCUUGUAAUAGUGUAUUGGAAACCAAAAGUCAGCAAGUCCUUGCAUGCUGGGGAGCUUGAUAGGACAGUGAAACCUGUGUUCUUUCUGCACCGCUCUCUUCUUGGGAACCAGGGGAGGGAGAAGUGGUUUAGUGCAAGCCCACUCUCAGCUAUCCCUUCUUUUUUUUUAAGAAAUAAAAAACAAACCAUGAGCAACAGAGUGCCUUGAAUCACAUACUGUCUGUCACACUGGACUCCACCCACUGACCCUGCUGUGUCUGGGGUUCACCAACCAUGCCAGGAUGUCCAUGUCCUCUGCUUUCAGUGGCAGGCUUGGCUGCUUCCUUCAUUGUUUCCCUGCCGCCAUGUUAAAAACCAAUCGGAGCGAGGUGCUGGGGUUAGCUGAAAAACGCCACUCCUGGGGAGAGCAGAGAGGCUGCCAGACGCCACCUUUUCUGGAGCUGCUGCUGCUCUUGGUGCUGGCUGGUGCAACGGGAUGGGAGAAGCACCUGGUUAAAAAUCCAGUUGCUGUCUUUGGAAGGGCUGGUCUCCCUCCUGGCUGAUGGGCAGAGGCGGGACUGGCUUGACAGUCAAGGAGUGACAGGAGCCACCCCACCAACCAUGUGGUCUCGAAUCCAAGAGCCAGUCUGGCGGCUUGGUCUCCUGCAAAGCGCACACUGCCCAGCCGGAGGAGGAGGAGUGAUUCCAUUUUUCCGUGAGUUCACCCGGCUACAAGGACUUGCUAACACUUCUUUCCUUAGCAGCCUGGCCAACAAACACCUGCAUGAGCAUGCUGCAACCCACCCCCGCGGAAAUGGGAAUGUGGGGUGCGUUGUCUACAAAUACCACUGUACUGUACAUAGAGGAAACUACACAGAGGCUAUGGGCAAGGGGCACUGGUGCCUUCCCAGCAUGGAGCAGAGACGAGCGGAACCAGCUUGGACUCAGCUGAGACUGCCCCAGUUUAUCUCCAUCACCAUCAAAACAGUUCAGAAAUCGCUCUGCACUCAGAGUCGGGGCAGUCCUGACGUGCGGGGAGCUGCAGAGAGCAAGUUUGUCAAUUCAUGGCUGGUCCAGGAUGGUUCAGUCCUGAGGAACUUUGAAAGACAACCCAAGGGCCCAAUUCUGCAUGGAUUCCUUCUGCACAUGUGCAGGUUCAUGCAACUGCAUAGCUCCAUUCGAGUCAGUGGAGCUAUUCACGUGCAUCUCUGGUGGACUGGGGCCCCAAAUGCUCCCACCAACUGGAGAAAUGGAGGGUUCCUCUGUGGUGCACCUAUGGGUCCUGUGGUAUCCUACUGAAUUUACAGUCCUCUUCCGGAUGCCUGGCACUGCCAGGCUCUCUGUAAAGGUGACUCAUGGUCCAGCCCUGUCUUCGCCCACCCUUCCUAUAAACCAGUCCGAAGAGCAGCUUGCCAGCCUUCCCCAUAGCCUCUGUGUACUUUGCUACUUCGACACACGACUGUCUUAAAACUAUUUUUUUGUUAAUAAAAGGAUUAAUCUGAAGCGUUCUGUUCCUCUCCUUCUGUUGUAAGCAGCCUGCUCUCCCCUGCCCUUUGGUUUCAGUAUUAUGCGCACUUUUACUGUAUCGGAGGGGUUGGUUUUCUUUCAUGUGCCACAGUUGGAAAAAUGGGGUUUAUUUUAUGUUGUACAAAAUAAAAUCUGUAUCUGUUCCUUC